GCAACGAUGUCAACGUUGUAGGACCUCAAUUAUACCAUUUUUUCUGCAGAAACUCACAUACUUAGUUGCAUGGUCUCCCUGUCUAUUUUGUACACUUGUUUAUGCUUUUGUUUGCUUUGGAUUUGACUUCAACGUGGAGGUACUAAACAAUUUUGUCUGACGUCGAAGUAUUGAGGUUCAACAUGGUGGUGUAAAAUUCGUCUGUCAGUGAUAUUAAUUCGUUUAUUCUAAAGUAUUGAUUUAACAUAAUGACGUUAAUGUGAUUUACCGCACAUCGCGAUCAAUCGAUGAAAGAACACAACCACGACCGCAUCAUAACUUGAUAUCUUUCGGACAUUCAAGAUAGGUCUUACUGUUCGAAUGAGAUUAUAGUAAUACAGCAAGGCGACGUGUGGCCUGAUUAAUACAUUCUACCUUAAAUCAACCACCACGAAGUUGAUCCAAGAUUGGAACCAAGCCCGGAACCAAGAAGGAAAUCUAGAACUUAGUUCUGAAUUUCAGAAGGAAGAUUACUAGAAGAUGGGUGACGAACCAGACAACGUGAACACCGAAGGGGGUGAGGUCGAUCCUCAAGCUGAAAUGAAAACCAACAACAAGGAAUUCAUACAUCUUUUGAAGGAGAAGAAGCAAGCAGAAGAUGCUCUGGCCGAGAAGAUAAACGAAUUACAUCGAGUUGGAGGUAGAAAUUAUGAACUGAUGCAACGAGUUGAACAACUAGAGAAAGAGCUUGCUGAAACAAAGGAACAUAAAAAAGCAAUGGAGAAAAAGCACAAGGAAGAAACACUGAAAGCAGUUGAGAAUAUGCCACAUGAAAUGGGCAGUACGGCAAAUAUUUCAAAGCUGAAGAAGAUGCGACCGAAGACAGGUGUAAAACACGCUAAUACUCGAUUGAAACCACGAAAGAAAGCAGCUACAGCAUCUAACAAGAACCUCAAGAAAGAAACAGAAGCAGAAGCACAUCAAGCGAAUGAGAAAGAUACAUACAAAUAUUAUGAGGAGAUCGCCCAGAGAUACCCUCAGUUAAGGUUAUCCGUGUUGAUGGCAGCAGAGAAGAAAUUCAUCGAUGCUGAUGUAAACGCAGAUGGGACGAUAGAUGCGCAAGAAUUGGACAAAAUUCUUGAGAGCGGGAACAUGCUUUUCACUAAACAACAAGUUAUGGAUAUUGUGAAGGAGAUCGAUUCUGAUGGCUCCAAUGAUCUUGAUUUCAUGGAAUGCCUUGUGGUUAUCGACAGGUUACAUCAAAACAAGAAAACAGCAUUACCAACCACUCUGGAGCAGAACAAGAGUACUGUUUGUGUGAUUCAAUAGAACUCUUGUCGCUUGAACCACUGAGUAUUUUUAUUUUGAAAUAUCCACGGUUUCAUGCAGUCAAAUUUGUCACAUGAAUAUUAAUGUAAUUAUAUACCAUCGAUAUCAACGGUGCUAACUGCAGAAUCCACAUCAUUAUAACGGACUGUAUAGGACUCGGGGAAAAACAAUGUGGAUGGAUUGGGACAAAACCUAUUUUUGUUCGCAAAUAAUAAGUUAUAAGUUAUGUUUCUUGAAGCGGAAAUGUACGUGAAAAAUGUAAAAGAUAUUAUGAUUUGCAGAGGAUAAGUAAACGCAGCAGCAAUAUUAUCUCAUUAGACUCACUCAGUGUAUGCUAAUGAUCUUGAUUGACAGAAUAUAUUUAUAUAUAGGACUGAGUCAGCUCACAUGCAGUAAGCGUGAUAUUGAAGCUGAGAGUAAACAGUUACUAAGGCAUUUUUAAAUGACAGAGGCAGGGGUAUGUAAUUGAAUGGUUCUUAUAGGCUAUAUUCAUGCCUUGAAUAUACUCGUCUUUGAGUGAAGUUAUAAGAAUAUUUUGAAAGCAAUUUCAAACAUUUCGGCAAGAAAUCAAUGGACCAUGUUGUCUUUUUGACAAGACUAUGUCACAAAACUCUCUGUUCAGUAUUUAUGGACAUUUUCCCCCAAGUAAACGUUACUUAUUGCAUUCUUUCAAAUGUUUGAUUUCAUUAGAUGGAAUAAACAUCCUGUAUGUUUUUAGAUAAUUAUGUAGGGCAAAUCUCGAGAAUACUGUUUUGUCACUGAUAACCUGACUAUACAUGUAUAUAUUAUGCCAUUGCUUUCACAGAUUUAAAAUUUGAAAGUUAGUCGAAGGUGUUGAUGGAAUUAAUAGAUAAACAAUUGUACUAACACUUGUCUCUGUUGAUCAAGAUGUUCCAAGUGGGUAGCAUGUAGAAUUCAUUUCUUCAUAUACUCAGAAUACCGUAGUCAUUAGUGGGUGAAGUAGAUUUUGAACGCCUUCAUGAUGUGCUUGUUUCUUACAGAAUGUGCUAUACAUGUAAUAUGCAAUACAAGUGCGUUUCUCUGUCUUCAUGUCCAAGAUUAAAUUACAUCAAGUUGUAGAAAAUAACUUAAUAUAAUAUGAAAAAAUUACAGAUAAAAAAUAAUAAUAAAAGGGACUACUCUGAUCUUAGAUUUUCAUGGUAGGCCCUAUUUUAUAUUUCAAUCAAGUUUUAUGAUAUUAUACAAUUACUUGCGAUUGUUCUUAACAAUGUAUAAUGGCAAGUAAGAAGAGAAAAGAAAAAACAAACAAAAAAAGUCAAAUAAAACUGAUCUGUAGACAUUUCAUGAAUUGGGAAUUGAAAAGGCCGUAAUUAUAGUAAUCUUUAUUUGCAAUAAAUACCCAAGACAUUUCACAUGUAUGGAUACAUCUUAAAUCAUGAUACAUUAGAUUGAAUAGAAACUGUCUCUCUUGAUAUUUUAUUUUUAGGAAAUAGGGCAGAGUGAAUAUCAUUCUCUUUCGUUUCGUUUAUUCAUAAUCUUUGGGAGGAUGUAUAGUGUUAAGCACUUUCUAUAACUAUGUAUUGAUAAUCAGUGUGUCUGUAAACUAUGUUGUAUCAUGUCAUUAUAUGUUUUUCAAAAAUUAUAACUUCAGUAUAAGAUGUUGUGUGUAAUUAUUUAUAAAAUUGUUCUUUGCAUACCUGCCAUCUCCUACA